ACACACCAACGCAUCCACGUGCAACCGGCUAAGCAGCUUCAUUCCUUCUCUCUUCUCUCUCCCUCUCUCUCUCUCCUGAUAGUGACUUGACCAAGUAUCACCAUGAGUCUCUCGGCUAGAUUCGAGAAGAUGGAGGCCAACCGUGUCAUUGUGAAGCCAGUUUUCAACAAUGGGAUUUCCCAGCGGCGGGGUGAAAUGGACUCACGCCGCAAGGUCGGGCGCCAAGUCCAAUUCGAUUCACGUCGUCAGGGAGUAGCGAACGCCAAGCCCGCCAUGCGUGCAGCUCAGUCCAAGGUGGUAUCCCCAAGGCAGCAGACGGCACCCCAGCGCGUGCAGGGAAGAGGGCGGGGAAGAAGCACUCAGGCAAAACCAGAGGUCCGGGGGAAUGCCGGUCCGCAACAACAACAACAAUCAGAGGACAGCAGGGCGCGGAGGAGGAGGAGGAGCAUCCAGCGGUCGGGUUGCCGGGCGGGGUGCCGGACGCACGAGUGGCCGCGGUGGUGGUCGGGGGGGACGCGGAGCGGGGAGGGGUGGCCGCGGGAACGCCAACAGCAGGGCGGGAACGAAGGCGGCGAAGGAAACGGAUUUGGACGAAGGCCUCGACGAAUACUGGUUCAAGGCCGGCAAGGGCCCUGACCCCAAGGUUGCCUCUCUGGACAGGGGGCUCGACAGCUACUGGAGUAAGGCUACCGAUAAGACAAACGGCGACGCGGCGGCCGGCGACAAGAUGGAAGAUACCGACGCCCCGGCGCCGGCCGUGGUGGCACCCGUGGCUGGCGUUGAUCCGGACCUGUGAUUGAUGAAUUAGUUCAUGGUCCCGAACGUCAACGGCCUACCGCCGCUCUAGGCGUGUCAAACUUUGACGCGUACGCUUCCAGUGAGAAGGAAGACCGAAGAUUCAACAAACAAGUUUUUUUGGGGGGAGGCCAAGUUCAACAUCGGCGUAGCGACAUUUUGGCAUUGUACACGGUUGGUGCGCCCACUGCACUUCGAGUUGGAUUUGGCGACGCUCGACGUUAUGCCUCGAAAAUUGCUCGCCUGUCUUCGGUUUGGGGUUUGUUGCAUUUGCAUGGAAUGCGACCGAAAACGGAGUUUGUGUCGGUGCGUAGGAUUGGGGGCAGGAGGGGCGGUGUAGGCUUUCUCUGUCCCUCCGUAUAUAUGCGGGUUCUGUUUGACUGGCUGUAACUUCGUUGUCCUUCGGGUUUCCGAUCGAUAAUAAUAAUUGGUACUCACUUGAAAUUUUGUGGUCGGCAAUUAAGGUGUUUUGGGUUCAGGUGGAGAGCUGGGUGCGGUGCACGGCGUUGCCUCGGAUCGGAGGUUGUCCAAUCUUGUCUCCCUGGGUUUGAUUGAGCUUGACUAGAUGGCACGUGCGUCGCUCGUGUAAGCGCGUAGUUUGGUAUGCCCGUGGUCGGCGACUCGAACACAAAGUUGCGUUGUGCAUGCAUGAUAUGGGACAUGCAUGCGACAAACAAGUCCGAACAGAACGGCCCCACGAGGAGGCUGAUCAAACAGUCAGUUGCUUCGCCAACGGGGAUUCAAGACCAGCAGUUGCUGCUACAGGCACGGAAAGAGGCCAUUUAGAGGUUGCGGCAGACUUGUUCGAGGCGAACGCCUCCCACAUUUUGUAGAUGUACGAACAAUGAAUUAGCGGUGUUCGAACAAAGCCUCGCUUGUCUCGUACCGCAUGUCUCGUACGCACAAACAAACACAAAAAAGACCCCAACAAAAAAAAGCACAUGCCUCGAUACGGGUCUGCAUUGACUCCUCACUUGCUCGCACUGCCUCUCACAACGUAGCUACCGGAGUAGGUACACGCGCCUAUACAGCAACAUGAACCGCCGACUCCGGGAUACGAUGAGGCGGGUUAUACUGCUGUAUGCACGCAACAGGGCCCCAGGAUACUUCGCGAAAACGAUCACCCAUCGGGCGUCUUUCUACAUCUCCGAGCGAGGUUACAGAGUAACAACCCAGUCAGAGGAGAAAAACCGCGGAAAAUAAACACCCUCAAGACAACCCCACUCCAGACACGGACUACGCAACGAAACGAAGGUCUUGCAAACAAAGCUCCCAUGCCCCCUUGGUGCUUAUCCCCGCAUGUGCGUGAGUAGGCAAAAACAAAACCGCCAGCUUCCUACGCGCAUGGCCCACCUUGCGUGUGCGCACAACCUCUGGCUGGCUGCAGAGCCGCCGCACCCAACCAAGCCGCCACUCUUUACCACGCACCAUACCCCCCGCCCCGGCUGCCCUGGGGCUGGCGGGGAGCGUUCGGGGCUGGCGCCAUAGUCCACAUCGAAGAACCGAAUGCUUGUGCCGGGUCUACGCGUUGUGUCGUUGUGUCUCCCCACCCCACGCCACCGCUCGUGGUCGGCACGCCCGCCGAGGAGGCACCACCCUGCCCCUGCGGUUGCCCUUGUGGUUGCCCUUGUGGUUGCCCUUGCCCCUGGCCACCACCGCCGGCCCCAGCCGGCGGUUGUUGGCGGUUGGCAUCGCCGUAGGACAGCGAUACCCCCGGCAGUACCUUUUGCAGGAAUGCCAUCCCGUUCUGAAUAGAGUACUGCGGUUGUUGUCGCUGCUGCUGCUGCU